AUGUCUCGGCGAAAUAAUCAAUCAUCAACCGCCAACUCCACCAUCCUCUAUAUCGGAGGAGUUCCAUUUGACUGGGAUGAGAAUAAUUUAAGAUCCGUUGUAUGUGGGUCAGGGGGUGUUGUAGAUGUCCGAUUAGGAUUCGAUUACUCUGGGAAGAACAAAGGAUUUUGUUUCAUUGAAUACAUAACGCCAGAAGAGGCCCGUCAAGGAUUACGCCUACUUGGUCAGGUAUUGAUCCACCAGGGUGGUAAUAAAAGCAAGAAAUUGCGUGUCGAGUUAUCCAAAGAAGGUCUUCGAGCUAAUAACCAAACUUCGAAGAGACUUUUACAGUUGGACAGAAACUAUUUACCGUCCAACGUCGAGCUCCCACAAGAAAUGUUAGGUAAUGGACCAACCCCACUGUACUAUAACCCACAACAGCAGAUGGGUGGAGGCGGAAGCCCUGUAAACCAAAUAAAUCAAGUGAACCAGAUGAAUCAACGAGGCCAGCAAAACAUACAAAAUGAUCAACAACAGAAUUCAGGCUUGUCAUCAAGAAAUCUACCACAACCUCCAACUUUGCCUUUCAAGGCUCCCGAUAAAAUCAGCGAAAACUUAAGUAACAUACCUCCUGCUCAAUUGAUAGAGUUGAUUGCAAACUUAAAAGGUGUUUUGAGCGGACCCAAUGCCAAUAGAGCUCCAGAUGUAUUUCAAUUAUCACCAUACUUGGCGUCGUCGGCCGCUCAAGCAUUAUUACUUAUGGGAUUCAUCGAUACUAACGUCAUAAAUGAUGCUAUAAAUGCUCCACAGUUUGACUCAACUCCACAAAUGCAGAACCCACAACCGGUUCACAAUAACCCUCAACAACCUUACGGGGUGUCACCCCAGAUUCCCAAUGCUACCGGAGGCAUUGGUAGUAACGGAAUGAAUCCAGGCGUUCCUAUGCCUUCAAAGUGGCCAUUUUUGCCACCAUCUACCCAAGUGAAACUUGGAGCCAUGCCACCAGAACAAGCUGAUUUGAUCGCUCAAGUGUUAACCAUUCCCUCAGAGCAAAUUCCUGCUUUGGAACCAGAGAAGAGGGCGAUGGUGACGACGUUGAGAGCUCAGUAUUUGGCUUAG